AUGUUGCCAGAGCGGUCUGGCGAUGAUGUUCCCCUUUUCCCGUGUUGUCCUCCCUACCCCGAAGCUUUUGCCGGCGGGGAUCUGACACUGAAUGCCCUCCUGACGGGGGAAGACUGGGCCAAGUCCAUGGUGAACAUGUUCGUGGCUUGGGCUAACUUCGUCGUGCUGGGGAGUCCGAAGUGUCUGGAAGGCUGGCACGAGCCGCGAGUAGGCUACCGAAGCGUAGCGGACAUCAAGCAGUUCGCUGAUCGGCUACUUGGCGAGGUGGUGAGCUUUUGCAGUCCCGAGCUGAUAGGAGAAUCCCUAAGAUGCGAGGGCAAGCGUUUGCAAGUUGAGGAGGUCCUCGACCUUCUCUCGUGUACAGUUUCUAGUUAUGAACGUGUGGCGGGCAAGGCUGAUUUUCCUGGUACCACGGCCCUUCCUGUGGUCGCUGACAGGGUCGCGAUUCCCGCUGAGGCGGGGCAAGUGGACCCGUUGCAAUGGCUCCCUGAAGAGCAGGCCGCGGUGGUUUCGCAUCUUGCGGAGAUCAUGUUACCUGUUGAGGAGUGGGGCGACCGGCUUACUCCUUGUCAUCGGGUCCCUCCUGCUGAAGAAGCCGACUUAGUGCGGAAGCUCCUGAAGGCUCAGAUGAUAGAACUCGUACCCGAACAGCUGCUCCCAAGGUCUACGGAUGGCGAGCCCUUGGUCGGAGGCCUGUUCUGUGUAGCCAAAAACGCGACUGAGGCCACUGAUACAGACAUCGACAUGCAGAAGACGAAGACAGCAGAGAAAGCCUACGAGGUGUGGGUUUUGCUUUGCCGCAUCAUCAAGAUUGGGGGCUGUGCGAAGAACAUUCUCCAGCGCGUAGUUGGUUAUACAUCCUUCAUUCUGCAGUAUCGGCGUGAGCUCUUCUCCCUCCAGCACAACAUCUACUGCUUCAUGAAGAAAAUGCCGGAGCAGGGCUACAUGAACCUCCCUCCGUUUGUCAUUGAUGAGUUAAGAAGCUACGCCCUACAUCUCCCCUUCUGCAUCACCGACAUGCGCAGGUAUGUGAGCGAGACCUUGUUCGCGACAGAUGCUACGCCUACUUCGGGCGGUGCUGUGAGAGCCCAAGCCCCUCGAGUGCUCGUUGAUGAACUGUGGCGACUCUCCGAACACCGAGGGUCCCCGGAGAGGCUUGAUCGAGACGUCGACUUCUUUGAACAGCAGGUCCCAAAAGCCCCUUCAAAGUUCGUCAGCAUGGUAUCGGAGUGCUUGCCUUGGGAGGUCACUGCGGCUUACGAGUUCAGGCAGACCUCGCACAUCAACUUGCAAGAGGCUCGAGCCUUAAAGCGCGAACUGGUGAGACUUGCAGGGAAGCUCAAUUCCUACGGCAUGAUCCAGCUUUGCUUAAAUGAUUCGCGUGUCGUCGUCGGAGCCUUCGCGAAGGGGAGGUCAUCGUCGUUCAAACUGAACGGUAUCCUUCGGAGCCUCGCGCCCUUCCUCAUCCUGGGUGGGCUCUCUUUCGCGAUGCUUUGGGUAGAAACCCACUCCAACCGAGCGGACCACCCUUCGAGGCGGGAACUGCUACCUGCCCCUCGAGUGCCUCCACCUUGGUUGGGAGCUUUUGGCCUAAAAGCCGCCGUCUUGCAAAAGCCAGGGCUCGAGAUCUUCACUGUGUCGGAAAACCUCACAAAAGCUCAUGAACGGGUGGGGUGGAAGAUGCUCCCGGCGAUCACAGUCAGGAAUGCCUGGAACGCGAUGGACUGUACUUGGGACAACACCAUUGCGAACAGAGCUAUUUCUUUCUUAUGGACUGCGGAACAACCGGAGGGCGACGAGGCAGAUCCCAAAGUUGCGGUUGGAAACCUUCUUUGGCGACGAGCCUUGCUCCUCGCCUGGCAGGCGCACCUGGUGGGCGACCAUGCUUUCAUCGUGGUUGUCAUUUUACGGGAUGUUGAGGAGGCGGGCCUGGUGAGAUGGUUACGGUGGUGGGUUGCAGACCUGAAACCUCGUGAUGCAGUCUUCACCCUGAGUCGUCGCCUCUGGAGCGACCGCAUGAGCGAAAGUGCCGAGCUUCUGCAUCUUCAAUCUUGCAGAUUCACGCCCUCUUCCUUUCGCGCUGGAGGCGGAGGAGAUUUGGCGGCAGACAUUUCCGAACACGCCGAUGCCACGACGUCGGAUCUAAAAGCGAGUGCUACUACUCCGGAGGCAGCAGCGCACACCAUGGUGAAGGCGCUUCACGCUGCGGCAACGCAACUGGGCCCCGAAGAGGUUGCGCCUGGUCUACCCGCCUCCGCAGUCCUCAAUGACCAAAAUGCGCGCUCCGCAGCCUCGCGUUGGAGAGCUGGCUCAGAGAUUCGCAGGAUGACAGCGGCCAUGGCACGCUUCGCUGAGAGUUUGCGGAGCAUACGACCUACUUGGCAGGGCGUGUGGGUUACUAUGCACAUACAUAUCUUAUUAAGUAGAUAUGGAAGUUACAGGAUAUAUGUAAACUCAACAUAUAUGUGUUAUAAGUCCACAUACCAUAACUCAGUUAUCGGACUUAGCUAA